CCCAGCCCCGCGCGGCUCCGGUGGGUGAGGGCCCCGCGCCCCGGUUGCAGGCAGCGCGCGGGCAGCCCGGGGUCCUGCGGCGCCGGGAGCACGCGGCAGCGGCGGCGCGGCCAUGGGAGGGGUGGAGAAGAAGAAGUACGAGCGCGGGGCCGCCACCAACUACAUCACCCGCAACCGGGCGCGGAAGAAGCUGCAGCUGAGCCUGCCCGACUUCAGGCGCCUCUGCAUCCUGAAGGGCAUCUACCCCCACGAGCCCAAGCACAAGAAGAAGGUGAACAAAGGCUCCACGGCUCCCAGGACCUUCUACCUCCUCAAGGACAUCAAAUUCCUCCUCCAUGAGCCCAUCGUCAACAAGUUCCGGGAGUACAAGGUGUUUGUGCGGAAGCUCCGGAAGGCGUACGGCAAGAGCGAGUGGAGCACCGUAGACCGGCUGAAGGAGAACAAGCCCACCUACAAGCUUGACCACAUUGUGAAGGAGAGGUAUCCAACCUUUGUGGAUGCACUGCGGGACCUGGACGAUGCUCUCUCCAUGUGCUUCCUGUUCUCCACCUUCCCGCGCACGGGCAAGUGCCACGUCCAGACCAUCCAGCUCUGCCGGCGCCUGGCUGUGGAGUUCCUCAACUACGUGAUCGCCUCCCGCUCCCUGCGCAAGGUCUUCCUCUCCAUCAAGGGCAUCUACUACCAGGCCGAGGUGCUGGGGCAGCCCAUCACAUGGAUCACCCCUUACACCUUUGCCCAUGAUCACCCCACGGACGUGGAUUACCGGGUGAUGGCCACCUUCACCGAGUUCUACACCACGCUCCUGGGCUUUGUCAACUUCCGCCUCUACCAGUCCCUCAACCUGAUCUACCCACCCAAGAUCGAUGGCCAGGCUGAUGCUGAGCUGAAGCCUGCAGAGGGCAAGGAAUACGCCAUGGAUUCGGAGAGCUACCUGGAGAAGCUGUCAGCUCUGAGCUCCAGCCUGGCCCGGGUGGUGGCACCAACCCACGAGGAGGAGGUGGAGCUGGAUGAGUUCCCAGUGGAGGGGGAGACUGCGGAGCAGAUGGAUGCGAGGAAGAAGGAGCAGGAGGCCCUGGAGAAGCACAAGAAGCUCUUUGAGGGUCUGCGCUUCUUCCUCAACAGGGAGGUGCCUCGGGAGCCGCUGGCCUUUGUCAUCCGGUGCUUUGGUGGCCAAGUCUCCUGGGACAAGUCCUUGUGCAUCGGGGCCACCUAUGGUGUGAGCGACCCAUCCAUCACCCACCAGAUCGUGGACCGGCCCCAGGUGCAGCAGCAGGUUGUUGGCAGGUACUACCUGCAGCCUCAGUGGGUCUUCGACUCGGUUAAUGCCAAGCUGUGCCUCCCUGUGGCCGACUACUUCCCGGGGGUGCUGCUGCCCCCCCACCUCUCGCCCUUCGUGACGGAGCAGGAGGGAGACUACAUCCCUCCUGAGAAGCUGAAGCUGCUGGCGAUGCAGAGGGGAGAGGAGCCAGAUGAAGAGAGUGAGGAGGAAGAAGAGGAGGAAGAGGAGGACAACAACGAGGAGGAGGAGGAGGAGGAAGAUGAGUCUGAAAAGGAAGAGGAGAUGAAAUUAAAGAAGCUGGAAGAGCAGAAGACUCAGAGCAACAAGGCGCUGCCGGUGACGGUGACGGCCGGGAAGCUGCAGUUGGAGGACAAGCAGCGCCUGGAGCAGGAGCAGCAGAGCGAGGAGAAGCGCCUGGCCAUCAUGAUGAUGAAGAAGAGGGAGAAAUACCUCUACAAGAAGAUCAUGUUUGGCAAGAAGAGGAAAGUCCGAGAGGCGAACAAACUCGCUGCGAAGAGGAAAGCCCACGAUGCUGCUGUCAAGGAGGAGAAGAAGAAAAGCAAGAAGGCACGGCGAGCGUGACGGGGCUGUGCCCUGUGGACACCCUUGUCCUUGAACCCUCAGCUCUGAUGCUGGGACAGGAAUGCAAAACGAAACCAUUUCCCCUCUGUAAAUAAACCUCCUGCUGUGCCUUUCCCA